AAUUCUUCCACUCGUUGUUAUUAUGAUAAAUAAUUCAAGAUAUCUCUACACAAUGCACAUAAGCAAACAUAUCUUGAAAUUACACGCAAUUAUACAAUUAUAGCCAAUCGAAGGCUGUGUUAAAUGCUAACGUGACUGCAAGGUCGUCGGCAAUCCAUCGUACGUAAGAGAUAUUCGUUGCCAUUGAAUGUUGGUGACUAGUGACCAUCAGUCUGUCGACAUGUUUGCUCGUAUGGUAUAAAGAUAAUAGAAGAGAAGGAGUCAGCGCAGUGGAUCCGAAGCCGGAAAAAGACGCGGGUCGUUAGUGAAUCUCAGGAAUUUGUGUUGCAAGCAGGUAGAGCCAGUACAAUUCUACUUCCUGAACUUGACACUUCUUGCCAAUCGACCCGUUCGUAGGUACCUACAUCUUGAAAGAACAAUGAUGAAACGCAUUUUCGGAUUCUUACUUGCCUUGGCUUUGGUCAUAGCUGUCACGGAAGGCAUAGUAUGUCCUCCUAAUUAUUGUGCCGGAGUCAAUUGCACGGAGACGUCAGAAGACUGUGGCCCGAACCAACAGUUCGAACCCAACAGUAGCUUUUGCGGAUGCUGCCCUCAAUGUAUCACCAUACUAAGCGAGGGAGAUGAUUGUGGUUUCACGUCAAUACGAGGAUACCCAUCCAGAGCAAAAUGCCAAGACGGCACCUCGUGCCAAUCGGCUGGAAACGACUCGGCCACGUGUCAGUCAACUUCGUGAAGUUCCAAUAAACCUUCCGGACGACAGCAAAGGCAGCAGCGACUCGACUUUGCGCGCACCUGUGCAAUGACCAAAACGCGAACCCAAUCUUUCUGACCUUACUG